AAGCUCGCCAUUUCCAUGCGGUCCCCUGCUGUCGCCGGUCGUCUUUACGGGGACGAGUAACCGUUCUAUAGGUAUUAUCAUCGAAGGUGUUUUAUUAUUCAAAUUUAUUACGCAAAUUUACUUUGGGAGGCUGCGCCGGUAAGCGCCCACGCAGCAAAAUCGCGGGGGCGAUUCGAGGCUUCUGCGUUCAAACGUGCGCGCGCGGCGAACGUCAUCGUGCGUUGAUAUAGAUUAUAAAAUUAAAAAAUUUAAUUCGAAAAUAGAAUCGAUAACAAACCGGCCUAUUGGGUGAGCGUGACAGCUCAAAUUUUGGUGUUGGAUUUUGGAUUUAUAGUGCUGUCUAUGAAGUUCAAAGUUUAUGAAUGGAGUGUAAGUGAUGUCAUGAAUAGUGUUGUGGCUGGUGUCAGCGGUUCGGUGGGCGCCAAUUUGUUGACAAUGCGCGAUCAUUAGACUGGAAAGAAUGUGGCUAAUGGUCACCUUGGUGUGCCUCAUCUCAAUCACGGCUGGUGAGUGGCGAUGCCCGGAGUUGAGCGCAAGGCCCUCUGCGGAGUGCUCCUGUGACCUACCACAUACCCUGCGCUGUGCUGGCGAUCAUACGGCUUUGCAGAUAAUCGGCCGCCACCUACGAGAACAACGGUCACGGAAUAAGAACACAGCAGUAUCGCUUUUGGACUGCGCUCUCCGAGGUGUGACGUCAUUACCCUCUGCGUCCAUAUCUGAGCUGGCUGGGGUUGGGCUGCAUGGUUUGGUUAUAUCAUCUGGGGAUAUAAAGAGGGUGCAGCAGGGCGCGUUCACUAGUAUUGCGUCUACGCUGCUGGCGCUGGGUCUUCCGAAUAAUCAGCUACCAGCAGUGCCGACAGAAGCCCUAUCGAAGCUAUCCUAUUUGGAUCGAUUGGAUCUUUCCAAUAACAAAAUCCACUCAUUAGAUGCAAAUUCUUUUAAGGGCAUACAAAAUCUAACGUACUUGGAUAUAAGUGACAACCAGCUAACAAGUAUUUCCCCUGAAGCCUUUGAGCCAUUAAUAAAACUAUCAGUUUUGAGGUUAAGAGGCAACCUUCUAAAGGUCGCCGCUUUGUCGUCUUUGAAGGGAGCAAAAUCGCUAAAAGAGUUGGACGUGUCAAGUAACGCGCUAGAAGGGCCCGUGGGACCGACAACUUUGCCGACUCUAUGGGUCUUGGAGACCCUGCACCUGGCCGACAAUACCUUCGCUAGUAUACGGCGUGGCGCACUGGCUGGUUUAGCAAAUCUGACACAACUGAAUCUGCACAAUAAUCAAAUAGACGUAUUGGAAGACUACGCGUUUCGACAUUUGACGAAUUUGUCUCACUUGGAUCUGUCGCAUAAUGAAAUCGUUUCUGUUUCAGGAGCGUCACUAGCGCAGUUGACGAAUUUAGUGCAUCUCGAUCUAUCUCACAACUUUCUCCGUUCUCUCUCCGCCGAGCCACUGAAAUCUCUCCGUCAUCUCUCCGAGCUGUUGCUGCAUGACAAUGACAUAUCGAUCAUAGAAGACGGUGCGCUCGCUCUGCAUAAAGAUUUGAGCCGGUUUACGAUUGAAGAUAAUCCGCUUAAUUGCGAUUGCUUAAUGGCCGGCUUUGCGAGGUGGUUAAGGGAAGCAAAAAAUGUGUCUCAAUCUGAUAAAUCCGCUGUUGUCUGCGCGACUCCACCCCACUUAGAAGGUGCGUUGCUGUCUCGUCUGUCCAAGAACAAGCUCUGCGAUGAUUUCGACCACGUUGACCCUAAAGUGGACGAACUUUACGACUACAGUAAGGUUAUGGAAAACGCCAUAGAUGCGGAUAAGGAUGAUCAAGCGUAUGGUGAUAAAAGAGACGGUUUGGAUGACGAUAUGUACGACGAAGAGAUAGACGUGCCCGGCGAAGAGGAUUUGCCGAUAUCAAAAUCAAAGGUUCGUCUUCUGGACACAUGGUUCGAUGAUGAAGAAGUUCAUCUUACGUGGACAGUAGACCCUCCAUCCACUCGCCGGUUUAGAUGUACUGGAGUCACAGCGUCUAAAGGAGGUGGUCUACCAAAACACAUCGCCUGUCAUAGAGCACCGCCAGCUAACGUUAUUCUACGAGGUUUGAAGAUUGACCCCCUCGAACCGUACACAUUCUGUAUAGCCCUCGAAGAAAUGGAUCUCAAAGACAUCCCGAUGGCGUUGGUGCUGGGUUGUGGAACACCACAAACAGUGAGGCAGAGGGCCGCUUAUGUGACCGUGAGAACCUCUCCAGUAACAUUACCUCCAGGACCAGAUAUUCGAGUCUCCGAGGUACGAUCGAACGUAACAAGUGACGGUGUUUUAACAGUUUUAAUAUCUGUAAUGGGACUACCAAACCGAUCGCAGUUCAUUUCCAGAUCCCAAAGACUGUCCACUUCUGACGCACCCUAUUACCCUGUAAACAACUGCUAUGUAGUUUUGGCAGUACUAUCCAGGGGUUCUCUAGUAGCUCAGAAGGAUACACCGUGCCAUGACACAUUAGGCAUAACCAUGGAAGGGUUUAUUCGCGGGCCUUACGAAGGAAAAGUGUUUACGAGAUGUCAAUUAACCAGGGAAUUGUUAAAAACCAAUUUCCACCAAAAGACGUUCCUAAGCAACUGGGUAUGCUUAAUUGAGCAGGAGAGUGGGAGAAAUACAUCCGCCUUGGUUGUGAAGUCAACGAGAAAACAGUAUUAUGGAUUGUUCCAAAUAGGAAAUGAGUAUUGCAAGGAAGGUCGCAAAGGAGGCAAAUGCAACGUUGCUUGCGAAGCACUCCUUGACGAUGACAUAAGGGACGACUGCGCAUGCGCAUUGCAAGUGUUUGAAGAAGAAGGUUUCAAGUAUUGGUCGAAAUGGGAGAACCGCUGUAAGGGCGAACGGUUGCCGGAUAUAGAGAAAUGUCCCGACUGGCAGUACCCUCCACGGCCCUCCCCCGAUAGAUACAAGCGUACUCCGAUUCGGUCAUCAUUGCAAGACGCCUACCCAUACAAUGUCCUAACCAAAUACCAAAGACUGAACCAAUUGAGGAAUGUGGGAUAGUAGAUAAAUAUAUGUUUUGAUUGUUUUAA